AUGAGUAACGACAAUACAGUUAUAACACAUUUACUUUCACUACCAAAUGAACUUUUUCCAUAUUUAUUUAAUUAUCUUAGUUCAGCAGAAAUUCUCAAAGCUUUUCUUGAAUUAAGUGAAAACAAUACUCGACUUGCUUCUCUUAUUAUACCCUAUUUAUCUCAUAUUAACUUAUCUCAUGAAUCAAAUUUUUGGCUUAGUACUCGUUUACCUAAAUUUAAUGAAGUUAUCCAUUCUGUAUGUGUUACUACUCGACAAUUGACAUAUUUACGUAAUUUACCAUCAUUACAAAAAUUAACAAUUGUUGAAAUUAAUGAAACAGAUAAAUUAGCAAUGGAACUUCGAUCAUUAUGUAUUCGAUUACCACAAUUAUAUUCGAUUAAACUUAAGUUUGGUUUACAACAUGAAAUCUAUCAUUUGGAUAACGACUUUGAUAUUCCAUUGAAAGAUUUUGAUCUUUCAUUGAGAUGCUUGUUUAUUCCAACAGGAUUAUUAAUUUCUUCAUUACGUCAUUUAACAAUACGUGUAAAUACAAUACAAGAUUUAUUUCAACUUGGUCAACAAUUACCAAUGAUUGAGUCAUUGUUUGUUGAUGUAAAUGGACAAUCAACUGAACUUCAUAGUUCAUUACAAGAAUUAAAUUCAUUUAUUGUCUGUUCACCUUAUCUAAAACGACUUGCUCUAUAUUCUCGAGAAAUAAUUCUACCUAAAUAUUAUUAUUUGAGAUUAUAUCAAGUUGAAUUCGAAUAUUUUGAAAAAUUUAUUCAUGGUUGUUCUUCAUCACUUGAAUAUUUGACACUAGAUUUAAUUUUACAAAAUCAAUCUGAAACAUCAUUUGUCGAUGGUAAUCGACUUGAAAAAGGCAUCAUAGCAUAUUUACCACAUUUAAAACAAUUUGAAUUUUGUAUUGAAUUUGAACUUAAUAUUAGACUUAUUGAAAAAUAUCAAAAUUCAUUUAGAAAUGAACUAUGGCAACAACGAUGUAUUGUAAUUAAUUAUCCAACUACAGCAAUGGAUCCUGUUUCUGGUAUUAUCAAUAUGAUUGUCUUUUCUCUUACUCAUACAUCAACAGUUUUUGAAGAAUUAUUCAUUGUUUCAUCAAGAAUUGUUGAUUGGAAUUCAAAUAUUUGUUCGAUUGCACAUCGUAAUAGACUUAUACUUACGACGGUACAAUCGAUUAUAAUAUCACCUGAAGACCAUGAUGCUAUUCUCACUAUUGAUCUCUUUCGUUGGAUAGUCACAUCAUUUCCACGAUUGCGUCAUUUGAAACUUAUACGAAAAAAUAUUAUGUCUUGGCAACUUGAAGAUGAAACUAUUACCUAUCCUGUACUUAAAACUGUUCGAAUUCUCUGUUUUCAAGGACAAUUUUCUUGUCAACUAAUUCGUCGUUUUCUUUUCAUGUGUCCUCGAUUGAAAUAUUUGGAAGUGUCAAAAACAAGUUUGCUUAAACAAAUUAUUACAGAACCAACAUUAAACAAUGAUCCAUAUUUGAAAAAUAUCUAUCAACAAAUAUUACAAAUUCAAUUAAUUGGAUCAGGUGAUUAUAUCAAUUUUAAAGGACAACUUCGUCAUUUUUUUCCACGUGCAUACUUUCUUUAA